GUCAGUCAGUCAGUCGAUUCAUGAAAAUUACCAUUGCAAACGGGCAAUUCAAUUAGUUGCUACGCCGCGUCAAGUGCUUUACAAGUGGAGAGAAAAGGCGAAUAAAGUAGCGACCAAACAAUUGGAGUUGAAGUGAGGAAUCGAGGAGGGAAAUGCCAGUGCAACAGCCGCAGUCCGCGGAAAUCGGUCAUCAAAUGAAGAUGAGCAGCGAAGAGCCACCGAGUGGCAAACAAACGUGCAGAAGCCAAUCCAACUGCUGGCUGCUGCAGCGCCGCCAGCUGGACAGCAUCACAACAGUUCUUGCCGAGAUGAUAGCCACCGCUAUGCUGAUGUUCCUCGGAUGCAUGGGCAGUGUGGAGAACUCCGUGUUCACCAACUCGGACUUCCAGAGCGCCCUGAACUUCGGAUUCGUGGUGCUAAUCUGCAUCCAGUGCUUCGGUUGCGUGUGUGGCGCCCACCUGAAUCCCGCCGUCACCCUGGCCACCUACGUCUACAACAUGAUCUCCCUGCCGAUGGCUUUGGCCUAUUUUGUGGCCCAGAUGGUGGGCGCCUUCAUUGGCUACGGCCUGCUGAAGGCGGUGCUCCCGGAGAGCGCCAUCUACAGCGCUGAGAACCCCAAUGGCGUCUGCCUCACCUCGCUCAACAGCACCUUGACCCCAUGGCAGGGACUGGCCGUGGAGUUCCUGAUCACCUGCGUCCUCAUCUCCGUGUGCUGCGGCGUCUGGGAUCCCCGCAAUGCCACCAAGCAGGACUCGCUGCCAGUGCGAUUUGGUCUGGCCAUCGCAUGCCUGUCGCUCACAGCGGGACAACUGACUGGGGCUAGUAUGAAUCCAGUCCGAUCCUUUGCUCCGGCCAUUUGGAACGGAUUCUGGGAUGACCACUGGAUCUACUGGGUGGGUCCCAUGGCGGCUGCCCUGAUCACCUCGGUGAUCUACAAGCACGCCUUCCGGCGGGAGCUGGAGGAAUCGGAGGUGGACGAGACGACGAUGUCAACCAAGAGGACCUCGGAGGCGGAGCUCGCCUAAAUGGAUUUACUACACAUAGGACAAGUUAUCGUUUAAGUUCGUGUUCGUGAGAGCGGAGAGAGCGGAUAGUUUUAAGUUGCGAAGCGUGCAAAUAAAUAGCUUAAAUAAUUUCC